GUUUUUAACAAGUUUAUUUCUAUUAGGGGUUAAAUUAUUUCUUAAAGACAAAGGCACAAAAUCUUCAAGAAUACUUACAAUGUUUAAUCAGCGUUAUCAAAGAGAUCACUUCAGAUCAGCUGUGUGUCUCCUAUAAGGUCGUGACCAGGAGUGUCUCGAGUAUUUAUAAGCUGAAUGGGUUGAGCCCAGAUUCAGUUAAGAUCCUCUUUUUUUUUUUUUACCUGUAGAAGAUGACGUGUCCUGCAGUAACAUUGCUUGCAGUUUUUAUAAAUUCAUUUAAUGAGAGAAGAAGCAUGUAUAUUUAUUCUAUAAAAUCCGUAACUCAUUAUACUCAUCAGAUCAAUACGAUCAUGUUUUAUGUGUUUUACGAAAAAUUAGGAAAAUUUAUAUGCUUAGCAGUCACUCUUCAUAGUCUGAUUCAGACACAUUUUUGACAUGUCUUCUCAAACUAGAGGUAGCAAAAAAAAAAAAAAACCUUUUUACUUUUUCUUUAGAAACAAAGAGGCAUCAAACUUUAGAUAAGCUCUCCAUUGCUGUUCAGGAGAAUUAGUUGAGUCAUUAGAGACUUGGUUUGUGAUUUUUCUGUCCUACCAUCAGACGUGAAACUAAAUGCCACUUUACAGACAUCAGAAGCAUAAAAAGAGAGAGUGAAGCGGGGAAACAGAGGAUUCAGUGUUAAAGGGAUGAAAGAGGGAUUGAGCCUCCGCAGUGACUGUGUGUCUGUGUUGAGCGUUUGUCUCUCAGAAGGAGAGAUGCUGUGAAAGCACCAUGGAGCUGGAAGUUGCUGUUGGGUUCAGAAAACAGACCAGAAAGGACACUGUGGCGCUGCUGGAGGCCUGACUGACCCUGUCCUGAUCCUCCAUCCUAUACAGACAACAGCAAUGGAUCCAGAAUGAAGCAUCAAUAACCAUCAAGCUGCUCAGACCUGGAGUAAGAUGUUACCAGUGGUUUUAUUUUUCUCUCUCUUCUGUCUGACACCAGUGGCUACUGAAGUGGGUCUCGGUGGUAAAGUGCUUCUGUUUCCAACCGAGACCGACUCCAGUUAUGUUAAACUCACUCCUGAAAAGCCACUGAGUCUUUCAGCAUUUACUCUGUGCAUGCGUGUCGCAACUGAGCUCUCGGGCCAGAGAGAGAUCAUUCUGUUCGCCUACCGCACACAGAACUAUGAUGAGCUCAACGUGUGGAGAGAGAAAGAUGGCCGCUUGUCCUUCUACCUCAGUGGGAGUGGAGCGCUUUUCUACCUGCCUCCUCUCUCCACCUUCCGGACCCACGUGUGCGUCACCUGGGACUCUGUGACUGGUCUUUCUGCCUUCUGGGUGGAUGGACGUCGCAGCUCAUACCAGCUGUAUAAGAAAGGUCACUCAGUUCAACCUGGUGGCACCGUCCUGCUCGGUCAAGACCCUGAUAACUACCUGGGAGGCUUUGAUAAGAAUCAGAACUUUGUAGGAGAAAUUACAGAUGUGCACAUGUGGGAUUAUGUUCUCUCUGGCAGUCAGAUUAGAGCAGUUUAUGUAAACCAGGAACCGUAUGUGCCGAAGGGAAAUGUGUUCAACUGGAACACCAUCAAAUAUGAGAUUAAAGGAGAUGUACUAGUGGUGAAAGAUAACUGAUUCUGAUCAGGUGUAAUGUCACACAUUUGUGUCAACCUCUGUGACCUGUUCAUCUGUUUUAAUGAUUUACAAAGCUGUAAAAGCUAACAAAUAAAUUCUUUCCUCAGCAUUA